AUGAAGCGGGCCUGCGGAGCCUCCAAGAAGAAGACAGAGCCCGAAGUUGAGGGUCUUGACACACUGGACGUGGCGGAGCCGGACUUCUACGGCGAGGAGUUCGACGUGACACUUGCGCGAGACGCCUCGACCGGCGUGGACGAGUUUGUGGCCAUUCCGCACGUCUUGUCGUUCGACCAGGGCUUCUUCCACGCCAUUCGCGCCAUCGAGAUGAUGAGGGAGAAGCGCCCGGAUCGCGUGAUCAUCGUCGGCGUCGCUGGGCCGCCCGGCUCUGGCAAGACCACCUUUGCUCGCAAGAUGCACGAGCUGCUUGGCGACGCGCUCGUGAUGCCGCUGGAGACGUUCGUGAGGGUGGACAGCGUCAUCGACGGCAACUUUGACGACAUCUCGCUCGUCGAAUUCGAUCUCGUGGUCAAGGCCCUCACCGGCCUGAAGGCCGGCAACGAAAUCGAAAUCCCACAGGUGACCAUCUUCUCCCCGGAGCUGCGCAAGCGAACGGGAUUCGCGCGCGUCUCUCCUCCGCCAUCGCGCGUGGUCAUCCUCGAGGGCUCCUACGCGCUCAACCCUGCCAUCCGACCGCUCCUCGACAUCACUGUCGCCAUCACGGGCGGCGUUCACCUCGAUUUGGUCAAGCGUAUCAUGCGAGACAUGCAUUCGGUGAGCAAGAAGCAGAAGGACGCCCUGCUGCGGGUGACCAACGUGAUGUUCCCCAUGUACAAGGCCUUCAUCGAGCCCGACCUCCAGUCCGCCAAAAUACGGAUCCACUCCACCUACAACCCCAUGGCCGCCAUGGUCGACCCCAUCUACUCGUGCAAGGCCAAGCUGGGCAGCGUCGAGUGGGACCACGAGAAGUUUGCCGCGGCCGUCCCUGCCAUUCUCGGCGACCAGGGCGGCGUUCAGGCCGGCCCGGUGGUGGUGAAGGAGAUCUCGGACAUGUACUUGGCGCCGCCUCGCGCGGUGCGAGAGGGCGAGGCGCCCACGCGGGGCAAGGGAAGCCGACGGAACUGGAUUCGCAUCCGGCGCAUGGAGGGCCUCUUCUACAUCCACUUUUACUCAGAGAUCAUGGGCACCACGUGCAACACCCGGCCCACCGUCAACUUUGAGAUCUCUGUCAAGGUCAUCUCGGGUCUGCUUUCGCUUGGGUACGAGAUCGGAGCUAUACUCAACCGCCAAACGGAGACGUGGUACGACGCCAACGGCCUCCAGGUCACCAAGGAGAGCAUCAAGGAGCUCCAAAAGGAAUUCAUCCAGAUCAAGGCUCUGCACACCUCUGCGCAUGUUGUGGUAAAACUUGAGCGUGCCCGAGACGUCAUCCUCAAACGUCUUUAG